AUGGCGGCUGUUAGCAAUGGACAUGUCAAUGGCGAGGCUAACGGUCUUGCUCCCCUCGUGUCGCCAGGGAACAGAAUGAUCAGCAAACGCUUCUCAGAUAUCCCCUCCGCGAUCGAUAUCCCAGUUCAAGGUGAAGGCGACGAUGAGGCUGUCGAGGUUGAUCUUGAGGGCCCGUUGGAUGACCCAACCGAAUUGUGCACGUUAUUAGAGAAUGAGGGCGCGGCCCGAACAUACUGGAUGACCGUCUCGCUGGCGUAUGCGAAGCAGAAGAAAGUCGACCACGCAAUCGAGAUGCUGAUAAAGGGAGGGCAAUCCAUGAAAGGUGGACCAAAGGAGAGACUCAGCAUGCUGACUUGUCUCUGCUGGAUGUACCUCUGGAAGAGCAGGGAGGCUCCUCGAGUUGCCCCCGAAGGAAUGCUUGUCUCGGAGGCAAGGACGAAGGAAUACUAUCUCCAGCAUUCGACAUCAACACUAAAUGAGGCGCUCAGAAUCAACCCAGCCUUCCCUCCUCUCUACCUCGCUCGUGGCGUACUCCAACUCCUUAAGGCCUCACUUCAACCUCCUUCGAAAUCCGCUGCGCCUGGGGCAAUCGAUCCCGAAAAAGCAGAAAUCCUACGCGCCUCGCUGAAAUCAUUUGAGGACGCAAUGCGUGUGUCUCAGGGCAGAAAUAUGAUGGCGCUGUUGGGCAAAUCAAGGGCGCUUUACUCUCUUGGGAAGUACGCGGAAGCGCUGGAAGGAUACCAAGAGGCCUUACAAAAAAUGCCUGAUCUCGUUGAUCCAGACCCACGAAUAGGCAUUGGAUGUUGCUUCUGGCAACUAGGCUUUAAAGAGGAUGCUAAGACGGCUUGGGAACGAGCUUUGGAGAUCAAUCCCGAUUCAAAGAUUGCAAACAUCCUCCUCGGCACCUUUUAUCUCGACGCCAGCGCACAUGUUCCCACGAAUGGGCCUGAAUUUAUUCGGCUGUACAAGAAAGCAAUGACAGAAUACACACAAAAGGCCUUUAAGGCUGACAAGGAUCUUCCCUUAACUUGCGCUACUUUUGCUGGAUACUUUCUAUCUCGAAAGUCUUUGCCAACGGUCGACACGCUGGCGCAUAAGGCGAUACAAUACACGGAUGUUAAUGCUAUUGCUAGUGACGGCUGGUAUUUGCUGGCCCGGAAGGAACAUUAUAGUGAUGACUAUCCCAAGGCAGUCGAUUAUUACCGUCGAGCUGAUGAAGCUCGGGGUGGUGCUGACCGUGGAUAUCUACCUGCCAAAUUUGGUGCAGCACAGUUAUCAGUCCUGAAAAAUGAUUUUGGUGAAGCCAAACUGAGACUGGAGAAAAUUAUUCAGCAAUCAAAGAACCUUGAAGCUAUGACCCUUUUGGGCACUCUCUAUGCCGAAGAGGUCUUUGCAAGCCAACAAAGUGGCGUCAAAGAAGACAAGUCUACCGAGUUCAAAAAGGCUAUUGGGUAUCUCGAGAACGUCCGAACGGCAUGGAAAGAUCCGAAGAAAAACCUCAUCCCCGAUGCUUCUGUGCUUCUUAACCUUGCACGACUUUACGAGGCUGACCAGCCCGAGAAGAGUCUGCAGUGCCUGCAACAAGUAGAGCAAAUCGAACUGGAUCAAGCUGCCGAUGAUGAAAUUCCAGAGGAUCCCGAGGAGGCUGCUGCCUACAAAACAACUCUCCGGCAGAAUCUUCCACCUCAACUGCUCAAUAACAUGGGAUGUUUCUACUACCAAGCUGAGAAGUUUGAUCAAGCUAGAGAUAUGUUUGAAGUGGGUUUGAGUGCAUGUGUCAAGCUACAAGAGAAGCAAGAGGACAUUGAUACGGAUGCUCUUGUUACCACCAUCAGCUACAAUCUUGGUCGAACAUACGAGGCCAGCGGGUUGCUUAGCGAAGCGAGCACCGUGUAUGAGGGCCUUCUCGCCCGGCACAGUGACUACACGGAUGCGAGGACGAGACAAGCUUACAUCGACCUUCGGCAGAGCCCAACUGAGGAUGGGCCCAAAGCCAUUGCAAAGCUCUAUCAAGACUCAUCGGCCGAUCUCGAGGUGCGGGCUUUAUAUGGCUGGUAUCUGGGACGCGUGCAUUCUCGAAAGAGGACUGGAAACAUUGCAGAAGAUCCUGAGUUGCGCCAUUACAAGCACACUCUACAGAAUUAUGAGAAGCACGAUCGAUAUGCCUUGAUUGGUAUGGGCAACUUAUACCUCAUGACCGCUCGUGAGAUGCGACGAGAAACAGAUCAAGAGAAACAAAAGCGGAGCAAUAUGUAUGUCAAGGCUGUCGAAUUCUUUGACAAAGCUUUGCAACUCGAUCCCAAGAAUGCAUAUGCUGCUCAGGGCAUUGCCAUUGCUCUCGUGGAGGAUAAGAAGGACUUCAAGACUGCCCUGACAAUAUUCAUCAAGAUUCGCGAAACGGUAAAAGAUCCUAGUGUCUUUAUCAAUCUUGGGCACAUUUUCGCCGAGCUUCGACAAUACAGCAAAGCCAUUGAGCAUUACGAGGCAGCUUUAUCAAAAGACCGGUCUCACGACGUGCAAAUCUUGGCUUGCUUAGGGCGAACAUGGCUGGCGAAGGGCAAAACGGAGAAGUCCUUGCCGUCGUACAAAAGCGCCCUGGAAUUUUCCCUGAAGGCCCUUGAACUUGCCCCAGAGCAGGUUCACUUCAAGUUCAAUGUCGCAUUUGUGCAGAUCCAGCUCGCCACGGCUGUCUAUAACAUGCCUGAGCAGCAACGUACGCUUGCUGAAGUUCAAGCUGCUGCUGCGGGUCUUGAGGAAGCCAUUGCCUCUUUGGAAGCUAUUGCUCAACAUCCUCAGACCCCUUACCCCAAACAUGAUAUCGAACAACGAGCAAACAUGGCUAAGAAUACCAUGCGUCGUCAAUUAGAGCGGUCGAUACAGGCACAGAAGGAGUAUGAGGAGAGGAAUGCCGAAAAGCUCCAAGCGGCCAAGCAAAAGCGAGAAGAAGAGCUGAGAUCCCGUGAAGAAGCCAAGCAGGCAGCGGCAGCAGCAGAAAGAGAAAGAAAGCAGAAGAUCGCUGAGGAGAGACAGAAGAUUGCGGAGAAAGAUCGCGAGCUUACGGAGUUGAGAGCUGAGGAUGACAGAGCUCGAGAAGCUGCAGAGUUGACCACCGACAGUGAAACGGGUGAGAAAGUCAAGCGGAAGAAGAAGCCCAGAGGGGGCGGCGGUGGGAAACGAAAGAAGAAGAAUAUCGACGGAGUCACAGAUGAUGAGGACAGUGGGGCUGAGCCAAAACGACGCGGUCGUGGGAAUAGAAGUGGAGGGGACAGCGACGAGGAAAAGCCAAAGAAGAAGAGAAGAUUGGCCAAAAAGGGGCAAGACAAACCAAGCAAGUACAAGAGCAGCGAGAUUGUGGUUGAGAGUGACAGCGAUGCGGACGACGGUGCUGCAGACGCUGCAAGGGAGAUGAAUGAUGAUGUCUUCGGCGAUGACGAGCCCACUGGUAUGGAUGUCGACGAGGAGGAAGCAGCUCCCGCUCCUAGCAAGCGCAAGUCUCGACGGACGAUGCUUGACUCCGACGACGAAGAUGAAGACGCGGAUGUCACCACUACUGCUGGGGCUGAGAAGGAAGACUCGCCCACUACGGCAAAUGGUGAUACACCCAUGCCUGAUACGCCGGCGCCUAACGAGGAUUCCGACGAUGAAUAG